UCCGUCUACGCUCUGCGUAGAAUUAAAACGGCCGAUUACGCUCUACGGAAAAGGGCAUGCGGGCCCCCUUAAUAGACCUUGUGAUAUAAACCCCGCCAGAGUGCUGGUACAGUUAUCAGAUGAAAAUGGCUGACGGAGAGGAGGAACGAGAGAGAAUGGCAGCCAUGGCGCGACCCGUGCGGCAGCCCAUGGACGCAGGGUUCACGUUUGACAUGCUCAUGAGCUCCGUAGAUCCCAUGGCAGAGAGCAUGAUAGAAAAGUUCAUCCGCGAGCGAGAAGCCAAGCUGCAGUACGAACAGAAAUUCACCGAGCUUGUGAGCUACGUCGAGCGGGGCCGGGAGGGCUUCAGCGCCGAGGAGUUCGUCCAAAAGCUUCGGGAGGUGGCUGCAAAGGCGGCCGAGGCCGGACACGACGACGCCCCGAGGCAUCAACGGAACCUCUCUCGGAUCGAGAAACUGUCGGAAAAAUCAGCGACUUGGGAGACUGUCAGGCUCAUCUUUUACGACACAGAGGAAGACUCGUGA